GUUUCAGUCUUUUGUUCUGAGGCAGUCAGGCAACAAGGUCCAGGCUGGCUUGUAAACGCCACCUCUUGAGUGUGCCCCUGUUGAUGAAAAUGAAAAUGGACACAUUUGCUCUGGGAGUGCCAGUUGUUCCUUCAGUAAUUAUUUAUUUCAGCUGUACUGCAAUGAGGACAGAAGACAUGGGUUUUUCAUUCUCUGCAUUGCUUCCCUUUCAGCCACUUUUAAUAGUAAUGCUUUCCUCUAGAAGCUGUAGGCUUCUCAGAAGCUACAAACACAAAUGGCUCCAAUAGUCAGUCAGAUAAAGACAAUGAGUAAGAAGUCUAUGUCCAGUGGUGGCUGAGCAAGAAGGCUCAGGUGCCCCAGGUUUUCCAGAUAGGCACCUAGACUUUCUUCCCUUCCUUCCUCCCUCCCUCUUUCUUUCUUUUUCUUUCUUUCUUUCUUUCUUUCUUUCUUUCUUUCUUUCUUUCUUUCUUUCUUUCUUCCUUCCUUCCUUUCUUUCUUUCCUUCCUUCCUUCCCUCUCUCUCUCUUUCCUUCCUUCUCUCUCUUUCUUUCCUUCCUUCUCUCUCUCUUUCUUUCUUUCUUCAGACGAGGAAGGAUUAAUUUCGGUCUAUGGUUUUGGAGGUUUCAGUUAUCUUUGUCUUCAUUGAUUCUUGGCCUGAGUGAAGCCAAGCAUCGUGGUAGUGGGAGCAUCAUGGAAAAAGCAGGUUGACUCAUAGUGGACAGAAAGAAGAAAGAGCCAACGACAAAACAAAACCAACAACAAAAUCCCUACAUUAAAAAAAAAAAAAGAAAUAUCUUGAUUUACUUAAUUUUGUUAUCUAGUUAACCUACAGCUUUUUAAAUUACCAAACCACCACGUGGGCUAAACAGUAGAUUUUGCUGACUCAAUUAAUUUGGACCGUUCUUUCAAAGCCCUCUGUGAACCCAGGCUUCUCAGGUUGAACACCUCUUUUAUGAAGAUGUCCACCAUACACCUGCACUCCAUGGGCACUCAUACAAAUUAUUUUGUUUUUGUUCCCCAUACCUAGUUCUGUCGUUCAUUUCAUGUUGGUUUGAAUGCCACACCCUCUCAACUGUUUCUUUACUCUUUUUUUUUCCCCUAGAUUUGGGUAAAUGCAAAAGCCUAAGGGUAAGGAGAUCGAGCCUGUAAUAUUACAGGAAAAAAAAAAAAGAGUCUGUUCAUGCUGACACGUGACUGAAGAAAAUUUCGGUGCUGUGAACGAAAAACUAGGAAUUCUGUUUAGAAUUGCAUGGUUUCUGGUUUCUGCCAGGACAAAAAAAGAAAGAAAGAAAAAAAAAAAAAGAAGAAAAGAAAAUCGGUCCGUGCCGGAAGGAAAAGCCCUGCUGAGAGGAUACACACAGAGACAGGCAGCGCCAAAGAGACCGCUUCUUUCCCCCCACCAGAAGCAGCUAUAAAAUAGCAUAUUCAUCCUUUUUCUGAGUGAUUACUGCCCGUUUACCGACGAAUACUAGGUCUACUUUGCCGUUUUCAUUUGUUACUGGGAGAGCACAGUAUUGAACGGACCUAGCCUCGUGAUCUCGUCCAAUGCCUUGUUACUCCUGGUUUUUCCUCACCUCCUCAGAAUCGAUUAUGUCCAAUCCAGAACCGAUCUCAGCUCUCCCCAGACCCUCCUCAGAUUCUUUUGGCGGGAAUAUAAACCUUACAAAGGGGUUUCCUCUUCCAUGCCCCAUCCUUUUUUCCUCUGACGUGCCUUCCUCCCGAUCUACCAGUAAAUCUGGCUUUGUCCGACUGCAGGUUUUUUCCCCUCUGGUGAUCUUUGGCUGAUUUGGCUUUGACAGGGGACUGGUUAGUAUCAGAAUCUCUAAUCAGAUCGCUCUUUGCUAAAUGUUCCCUGGCGCUGUAGAGAUUUACAAUCCCUAGUAGCCCAAACCAGAAACAAAUCCUUUCUGCAAUUGUUCCAUCAGCCCCCUCCCAACCCCAAUAUCCUCUUAAAGCCGGCUUUAAUCAUUUUUAUCUGGGUCACACUCUAGAGCUUUCAUUUUAAAAAGGUUUCACUUUUGAAUCCCCGGGUCCCUAUUAAAAUGCAGCAGAUGGGAAAGUGUGGGGCUUUGACCUUGUCAAAAGCAAGGAUUUUAAAAAAAAAUGCCCUAGCUCAAUCGCAAAGAGGGCAUCACACAACAAAAGCUUUUUCAAGGAAGCCAAUUUUUUUUUUUUUUUUUUUUGUCCUUGCUUCUCCCGGUGUCCCCGAGGCACAGGUGCGGAGGCGAGGAGAACGCAUCCUUGCUCUCCCAGGGUCACACCCUAAGCCCUUCCAGCCCUUGGAAGGCUCGGGACCCUGCCCUGCGCGGCUCUGGAUCUCCGUCUUGUGUCGCGCGCGGCCUUUCCCGGGUGGCCGGAGCCGAGGAGCAGCAGCAGCAGCAGCAGCAGCAUCGGCCUCCGACCGGGACCCGCCCCCGGGCCGCGGCGCCCACGCCCAACGCGGUCCGCUGCCCCGGCGCAGUGCAGCAGAGAGCACACUCCAGCCCCGGGCCGGGUCGGGCCGGGCCGGCGCACGCGCAUCGGGACCCGCGCCCUCCGCGGCGGGAGGGGCUGAGGGGGCGUCCCGGGGGCUCGGAGGGAAGAGGAGGUGGCGGCGGUGGCGGUGGCGCCGCGUCGCCCUCAUCCGGGCUCGCGCUCGCCCUCGCGCUCGCCCUCCGCCUUGCCGAGCCCCGCGAGGCUGAAACGCUUUCUCCCAGCAUGCAGCGGGAGGAGGGAUUUAACACCAAGAUGGCGGACGGCCCGGAUGAGUACGAGACCGAAACGGGCUGCGUGCCCCUUCUCCACCCGGAGGAAAUCAAACCACAGAGCCACUAUAACCAUGGCUAUGGAGAACCUCUUGGUCGGAAAACUCAUAUUGAUGACUAUAGCACAUGGGACAUCGUCAAGGCGACACAAUAUGGAAUAUAUGAACGCUGCCGAGAAUUGGUGGAAGCGGGUUACGAUGUACGGCAACCAGACAAAGAAAAUGUUACACUUCUUCAUUGGGCUGCCAUCAAUAACAGAAUAGAUUUAGUCAAAUACUAUAUUUCGAAAGGUGCUAUUGUGGAUCAACUUGGAGGAGACCUGAAUUCAACUCCGUUGCACUGGGCCACAAGACAAGGCCAUUUAUCCAUGGUUGUACAACUAAUGAAAUAUGGUGCAGACCCCUCCUUAAUUGAUGGGGAAGGAUGCAGCUGUAUCCACUUGGCUGCUCAGUUCGGACAUACCUCAAUUGUUGCUUAUCUUAUAGCAAAAGGACAGGAUGUAGAUAUGAUGGAUCAGAAUGGAAUGACCCCUUUAAUGUGGGCAGCUUAUAGAACACAUAGUUAACCUUGGUGACAAGUAUCACAAAAACACUGCUCUGCACUGGGCAGUCCUAGCAGGGAACACCACAGUCAUUAGUCUUCUUCUGGAAGCCGGAGGCAAUGUGGACGCCCAGAACGUCAAGGCAAUCCUUAGGUGUCACAUGGCCCUCUAGUGGAAGGGGUGCUCAGCUGGACCGAGGCAACUGCAGGAUAUUCUGGGAGUUGUUACCCAAGGGAUGGCUAUUAUUCAGGGUGAGUCAGCACUUGAUUUGGCAAAGCAAAGAAAAAACGUGUGGAUGAUCAACCAUUUGCAGGAGGCAAGGCAAGCGAAAGGGUAUGACAACCCAUCCUUCCUCAGAAAGCUGAAGGCUGACAAGGAAUUUCGGCAGAAAGUAAUGCUGGGAACCCCAUUCCUGGUGAUCUGGCUGGUCGGGUUUAUAGCAGACCUAGACAUUGAUUCUUGGCUCAUUAAAGGGUUAAUGUAUGGUGGCGUUUGGGCUACAGUGCAAUUUCUUUCCAAGUCCUUCUUUGACCAUUCAAUGCACAGCGCAUUGCCCCUUGGGAUAUAUUUGGCAACCAAAUUCUGGAUGUAUGUGACAUGGUUCUUCUGGUUCUGGAAUGAUCUCAACUUCCUGUUCAUCCACCUCCCCUUCCUUGCCAACAGCGUUGCUCUUUUCUACAAUUUUGGAAAGUCUUGGAAAUCAGAUCCAGGGAUUAUUAAAGCUACAGAAGAACAAAAGAAAAAGACGAUAGUUGAACUUGCAGAGACUGGAAGUCUGGACCUCAGUAUAUUCUGCAGUACCUGCUUGAUUCGGAAGCCAGUGAGGUCCAAACACUGUGGUGUGUGCAACCGCUGUAUAGCGAAAUUUGAUCACCAUUGCCCAUGGGUGGGUAACUGUGUAGGUGCAGGCAACCAUAGGUACUUUAUGGGGUACCUGUUCUUCUUGCUUUUCAUGAUCUGCUGGAUGAUCUAUGGUUGUGUCUCUUACUGGGGCCUUCACUGUGAGACCACGUACACCAAGGAUGGGUUUUGGACAUACAUAACUCAGAUCGCCACAUGCUCCCCGUGGAUGUUCUGGAUGUUUCUCAACAGUGUGUUUCACUUCCUGUGGGUGGCCGUGCUGCUCAUGUGUCAGCUGUACCAGAUAACAUGUUUAGGUAUUACUACAAAUGAAAGAAUGAACGCCAGGAGAUACAAGCACUUUAAAGUUACGACAACAUCUAUUGAAAGCCCAUUCAACCAUGGAUGUGUAAGGAAUAUUAUAGACUUCUUUGAAUUUCGAUGCUGUGGCCUCUUUCGUCCUGUUAUCGUGGACUGGACCAGGCAGUACACUAUAGAAUAUGACCAAAUAUCAGGAUCUGGGUACCAGCUUGUGUAGCAGCAGCGUCCGGAUGCCAGGAACUCAGUGUUACUGAGUGGUGCCUGAGGAUUGCGUCUGUCCCUGUCUCUCUCUCCCUCGAAUCCACGUCCUUGGAACAAUAGCAUGCUAUAUGUAGGGCUAACCGUGAACUCGACAGCCUUGUUCAGUACUUUUAUUAACAAAAGCAAACAUAGACAGAACACACUGCCACGCCUAGGAAGAGAAGAUCAUCAAAUGAAUUUUCAUGGUUUUUAAUGUCUGAAUUCACAUCAUACUCGACUUUUUGGUUUUGUUCUCAUAACAUUUUUCAUGAAAAAGUGAACUUAUUCUGUUACUAGAGAUGGCAUACCGAGGAUAAAUGUCGUUAUAACUAAAAGUAAAUUUAUGUUAUACGGCUACAUUGUAUUAUGCAGUACUUAAGAGUGUUGCAUUUAAUUCCAAGAAAACUGUCUUAAAUUGAUGACUAGUAUUAUGUACAUUUUAGAUGUACAUGUAAAUACUGUGAUGAGAAUCAUGUGGUUUUAUUAGAGGUCUACUGUACUGUGUCCCCAAAGGCACGGGGAAUAAUGUUCAUGGAAGCGGCUCGCUCUUGUGUAGCCGCCGGCUCUGGGGAUGCUGGCUUAUUUCUAGUUCAGUGAGAUAAUUUCUAGUAACCUUGCUCUGGGGUCUCACGGUCUGAAAAUAAAGCACUUGCAUGAGUAUACUAAGUCAUACUAUUUUGUUGAAAUUUAAAGCCCUACUAAGUGCAUGAUACACUGCAUAGAAUGUAUACUAGCAGAUACUGUCCAGUGAAGCAUAAAUUAGGAUUUAAUUUCAUGUGCAAGACAGCCCAAUUUUUAAAAGAGUUAAGAUGGAUUUUUUUCAAGAAGCAAAAAAAAAUAAGCUAAUGCAAAAUUCUUUAUUAAUAGAGAUAAGUGGAUAUGCUUUUUAAAUUCAGAGCUGAGAAAUAAAUUGUAGACAAAAUAAUGGCGUCUAGGCUAAAGAUGGGGCAUGACCUCUGUACAUAGCACAUGUGAAUAACUGAAAAGCUAAUGGAAUAUUCUUGUUUUAAUGAUCUAUCAGAAAGUGGAAUUUACACCCCAGGGUUGUUUUAAUUUCUCCAAUAUUGAGUAUGUUUUGACAUUGGUAACCCUUUCUGAAGCCUUCUCAGCAGAUCUUACUGUUAAAUGUGAUGCACUGAUCACGUUGUGUUGCAGCGUUUCCACACCCUCAGGGUCGACUUGCCACUGCUUCCAUGAAUAUUGUUUACAGGGAGACUCUGGUUAGCCCUCAUCCAAACUGUGGUUCGCAACCUGUGGGAGGGACUGGGGGCGGGGUCAGACUGACAUCCUAGACCAGUGUAAAGACUGUGUAUCUGUAUAUAAAUAACUUAUCAAAUAGUUUUCUCUGUGUCUAGACGUGUUAGUGUUUUUACAGCUGCUCAGUUCAUUUUGUCCAACCAAAAAGCAAAGGGAGAUAUGAAUGAGCUUCUCGUGACGUUCCAUACCGCUGUUAAUAGGCACUCGCCCCUGCAAGUUCACUGCAUGUCCAGUGCUAGGCAAACUUAGGAUUCCCUGUAAAUUGCUGGCUACAGGUAUUAAAGCAAUCUAGUGGUCCACCCGCCCUGCCUUAGGAGGAGGAGCAGCGGACAUGUACAUAGUUGAUGCUCAGUGUUUCCAAGUACUACCAUUUUAUAGUAAUCUCUGUGACCGUAAGUCACCUCCACAAAAUACCCUCAUUGUACUUGAGGGUUUUAAUAUUAGAAUUGGCAUAUGUACUUUAUUUUUGAAAAGGGAAGAGAUGGGUGUGGGGUGGUAAUAGCAUUGUACCAUUUUGUCAUAGAAUGUAAAAAAAUUGGUCAACUGUACAAAUGUCGGCUAGUUUUGGCUAUUAAUGGGGAGAAAUUUUAGGUAAUUUUUAAAUUCAAAGUUUAUAAAAUGCUAGGAUUUGUUUUAAUUUUCUAUUUCGAGUCACUUCACAUGGAGACUCAGUUGCAAUUUUUAUCAGAUACAUUUUUAUCAACAGUUAGAGUACGAUGGUUUUCUCAGUUUGAGUAAGAAUGUUGUUACCAUGUUCUUUCUUUGUGGUACAGUAUCCUUUCAGUGCAAGAGAUGCUUCUCCGUAAAGCAGGCAACCCCUGUAGAUGUGGAACUCCACGGAAGAUAUUGGCAAGGAGAUGCGUUCCAGACUGACGGCUUGUUUGGGUCUCCGCGAGUCUGGAACAGGAUUGUCAGAUGGUCUGGAGGCUACUGUGCGCCAUGUUUCCUUACUCCGCAGGCCUUGUGUGCAGGGCCGGAUAAAUCCAGUUCUCAGGCUGUGUUUGAAGGUUCCUUGGAGGGAGUUCUCACUGUCAGUUGGAUUCCUUUACGAGCUAGGGACGAAGUUCUUGGGAGUUUUUUCAUUCAUAUUUUUGUUGGUUUUGUAGGAGUUUAUUUUAAAUACUAGGCAUAAAGAAGCAUCCUACUUAAGCUAUGAAUGUUUUUGUUUUAUAUUUUCUUUAUUUAUAACUGUGCCAAGUAUUAUUCAGCUACUUACUGUGUUACUCUGUGGAAAGAAAAACUUGUAAAGUGUUUAAUAAAUCAGUCCUCCUUACAUAAUUUAAACCUGUCAAAAUUUUGUAAAAUAUUAAUCAAAAUAAAUAUUGACUCUUAAA